GUAUUGGACCAAUGAAAUCAUUUGUAACAAAUGUUUCAAAGAUGGAGGCCACAGUUGAUAAACUUGAAGCUAUGUUCAGCAAAGCUGAGUCAGAUCUGGACUACCUGGAAAGGAAAUUAGACAAUGAAUUCUCCCAAACUCAGACUGGGGAAGGUGACCAGGUUGAAGUCAACCCUGUUGAGAUGUUAGAGAGGGUGGCAAAAGUGAAAGAAGAAUUUGGUGGCAUUGUUGAUGAGACCAAUAAAAUCAAAGAGGCCCAACAGGAAGCUGUAGAAUUUUUCAAAACACAACUCUCCACAUUAUGUGUUGCCAUGACGAAGCUACAGGAACAAAGUGGUAUGGAAAAAGGGGAGGAGCCUGAGGAAUUACAACAAUUGAGAGAAACUCUAGGAAUAGAACUGCCUACUAAUGAUGCUCCGCCCACUUCUCUAGAGACAGCCACACCCACUCAACCAGUUGUUCCACAGUCUGAUCAUCAAUGUCAAUCUAAUCAAGAUCAAUCACCUGAACCAUUACACACAAGUGAACCACAGAAUAGUGACUUAAGGGCACAAUCUAGUGAGAUAAUUCCAGUUAGUUCAAAAGAGUUCAUGUCAGUUUCCUCUUUAAUACGAGGGAGAGUAAAGCUAGAAGAUGUUAAUAAGACAUACCAGAUGAUAUGGACAAGAUUUAAAGAAGAAGGCAAAACAGAUCCCCUCACUCCAGGAGACAUGUACAAGAUGGGACUUAAAGUGACUGGCCAGACAGGAGAGGCAAAAUUAAAGGUUUUAAGGGCACUGAAAAUCGUACAUAUAUCCAACAAAGGAGCUGUUAAACUUUUAUGAGGGACCCUAUGGACACUUAUAAUUACAACUUGGCAAAGUUCCACUAUUAAGAAACUUCGGACUCAACCUUUUGUGAUAGCUUGAACGACAUAUAAGGAUAUACAGUAAAGUUGAUUUUAAGUGACCUACAUAUUACUUCUUAAUAUGCAAAUGUCAAGCGAGGUAAAAGUGGGUAAAGUGAGGCAAAAGCAGGUGAAGUGAGGCAAAAGCAGGUGUAAUGAGGUAAAAGCAGGCCAAGUGAGGUAAAAGCGUGUAAAGUGAGGAAAAAGCAUGUGAAGUGAGGCAAAAGCAGGUGAAGUGAGGCAAAAGCAGUUGAAGUGAGGCAAAAGCAGGUGA